AUGUUUCGAAAUGUUACUGGAGCACAAGAAGCUGUUGUUCAUAGACAAUCAGAAGAUAGUGUAUCCUAUGGAAAUAGUCAAAUUAAAUUAAUUAAAGAUAUUCAAUCAGAUGAUAUAGCUCAUGAAUAUACAACAUUAAAAACUAAAUGGUUUGAUAAACGUGAAGAAUUAAAAAGAAAUUUAAAAUAUCUUAAAAAACACAAUGGAGUUUCUCAUGAAAUUCAACAUGUUAAAAAUCUUAUUCAAUGUCUUAAUGAACUUAUAGAAAAUGGUGAAGUUACAACAAAUUGUCAAACAUUAAUCAAUGAUAUCGAUCAAAAUAUUCAACCAUUACCUGAAACAUAUAAAUUAAUCAAAAAACCAUUAGGAGAUAAAAUGAUACGACUACCUAGGCAUACCUCAAAAAUAACAAUGGAUAGAUCAGAUUCAUUAAAAAAAAUAUCAAGAGACAGUAUUCAUGUUGAAGUAUCACCAUCAAAUGAAAAAAUAAAUCAUCAGAAUGAUCCUCAAGUAAAUAUCGAACGUCAACAAUCUGGUGAAACUACAACAGCGAGUGUAUCAACUGAGAAAAUGACAACUGGAAUUCAAUUUUAUGUCAUUGAUGAACAUUUUCGUACUCAAAAUGAUACGAAAAAAACAGAAAAAAAAUAUUAUUUCGCUUCAUCCGUCAUGGAGUGA